CAACAAAGCCUGCUCAAAUAUUACCUUGAAUCUACAAUGGCUACAACAACUGUUAUGCAAUCGAUCCUUGGAAGCUCUGUCGCUUACGGAGCUGCCGGCAAGAACAGAUCACUGAUGAAACUACAGGGUACUGUUCCCGCUAGUUAUCCAGUAUCAAGCUAUCUCCGCGUGCGCUCUAUGGCUGAGGAUGGUCAAAAGAAGCAACCAACAACUGUAACAACAGCCUCAAAGAAUCCACAGCCAGCUGAAGCUCCUUCACCUCCUCCCCCUUCUACCAAGUUUUCAGACGUCUUUGCAUUUAGUGGACCAGCACCAGAGAGAAUCAACGGCAGGCUGGCGAUGGUGGGUUUCGUUGCCGCUCUGGCUGUCGAACUAUCAAAGGGGCAAGAUGUGUUUGCUCAGAUAUCCAGUGGCUCCGGAGUUCCAUUGUUCAUUGGCACUAGUGUUUUGCUAUCAGUGGCAUCGUUGGUCCCUCUAUUGAAGGGAGUAACCGUGGAGUCCAAAUCCAACGGGAUCAUGACCUCAGAUGCAGAGCUCUGGAAUGGAAGGUUGGCCAUGUUGGGUCUUGUAGCUUUGGCCUUCACCGAGUACGUGACCGGCACUACCCUAGUGUAG